UGGGUAUAAGAAGCAGCAAGACUGCGAGCAGCCCCAUAGUGACUGGGUUGCACUGGAACGUGCUGGGAGAAGGAGAGCAUCUGUCUGUCUGUCCACCUGAUAGAUCCCUGCCUGCGCAGCUGCUGAAUUAAAAUGGCAGACGGAGCAAAGGUGUUCAAGAAGACCAGCCCCAACACCAAGCUGUCCAUCUACCUGGGGAAGAGAGACUUCGUGGAUCAUGUGGAGACAGUGGAUGCUGUAGAUGGAGUCUGCCUGAUUGACCCAGAGUACCUAAAGGACAGAAAAGUGUAUGUGACGCUGACUUGUGCGUUCCGCUACGGCCGAGACGACCUCGACGUGAUCGGGUUGACCUUCAGGAAGGACCUUUAUGUCCUGACCACCCAGAUCUUCCCACCAGUGCCGGACCAAACACCCAAAACCCUCACUCCUUUGCAGGAGAAGCUGCUGAAGAAGCUUGGGGAGAAUGCCUACCCCUUCACCUUCGAGAUUGCCCCCAACCUGCCCUGCUCGGUCACCCUCCAGCCGGGACCAGAUGAUGUUGGGAAGGCCUGUGGCGUGGACUUCGAGGUCAAAGGAUUUUGUGCUGAAAAUCUGGAGGAGAAAAUUCACAAGAGGAACUCGGUGCGCCUCGUCAUCCGCAAGAUCCAGUUUGCCCCCAUGAAGACAGGGCCAGCCCCAAAGUCGGAGACCACCCGGCAGUUCAUGAUGUCCGACAAGCCCCUGCACCUUGAAGCCUCCCUGGAUAAGGAGAUCUACUACCACGGAGAGCCCAUCAACGUGACCGUCAACAUCAACAACACCACCAACAAAAUUGUGAAAAAAAUCAAAAUUACAGUUGAUCAGAUCACAGACGUGGUCCUCUAUUCCCUGGAUAAAUACACGAAGACUGUGUGCACCGAGGAGAUAAACGAGAAUGUGGCAGCCAACUCCACCUUCUCCAAAACGUACUCCGUCACCCCCACGCUCUCGGCCAACCGCGAGAAGCGAGGUCUCGCUCUGGACGGCAAGCUCAAGCACGAGGACACCAACCUGGCCUCCACCACCAUCCUGAGACCCGGCAUGGACAAGGAGGUGUUGGGCAUCCUGGUGUCCUACAAAGUGAAGGUCAACCUGAUGGUGUCCCGAGGAGGCAUCCUGGGGGAUCUCACUUCCAGCGACGUUGGUGUUGAACUGCCCGUCAUCCUGAUGCACCCGAAGCCUGCGGACGGUAAGUAGUGCCCAGGAUGCUGUCGGCACGUGGGGGAUGAAGAGGCCGCCCCCGUGCAGAGGGACCUGCUAAAAGUGACACAGAUGCAGCCACCCCUGUGCCAAGGGCCCUGCUCUGCCCCAGCAGCCCCAUUACCUGAAAUGUC